GAGUGCGCCUGCUAGGCCGCGGGGUGGGCCGUGCGCCCCGAGAGACCAAAUGGUUAAUAAUGCGUGAAAUCGAGACCCGGUUCCCAUUCUGAUCUGUGUGCAACUGCGGAAAGUUAGUGCUGAGGACGGACUUUCGAGAUGGCUGAUUCCCAUUCCUUCAUUUUACAGAGGAGAAAACAGACGCUGAGAAGUACCAUGGAUGUUGGAAAUUCACCCAGCUAGGUAGUCAAGGGCUUCAUGCUUCUAGGCCUAUUAAAGAAAAUGGCAGAAACAUCAUCAGAGCCUUCUGGGCAGCUUGUUAUACACUCAGACACGCACAGUGACACUGUUCUAGCCAGUUUUGAGGAUCAGCGGAAGAAGGGCUUUCUCUGUGACAUUACAUUAAUCGUGGAGAAUGUGCACUUCCGGGCUCACAAAGCCUUACUUGCUGCCAGUAGUGAAUACUUCUCAAUGAUGUUUGCUGAAGAGGGCGAGAUCGGCCAGUCCAUUUAUAUGCUGGAAGGCAUGGUUGCCGACACAUUUGGUAUCCUGCUGGAGUUUAUCUACACGGGUUGUCUCCAGGCCAGUGAGAAAAGUACAGAACAAAUCCUGGCCACCGCUCAGUUCUUAAAGGUCUAUGACCUGGUAAAGGCUUACACAGAUUUUCAAAAUAAUCAUAGCUCCCCAAAGCCAACGACGCUGAACACUGCCAGCACUCCAGUGGUGGUGAUUUCUAAUAAGAAAAAUGAUCCCCCAAAACGGAAGCGGGGAAGACCGAGAAAAGUCAACAGUGUGCAGGAGGGGAAAUCACAACUGGCUGCAGAGGAAGAAAUACAGCUGAGAGUGAACAAUUCCGUUCAAAAUAGGCAUAACUUUGUGGUGCGAGAGGGAGACAGUGGCAUACUGAAUGAACAGACUCCAGCAAAAGAAACGGAAGGCCCUGAGCCUGCCUGUGAGCCAGGCAGAGGGCAGGAAAUUCCAGCUGAAAAAGAUGAGAACUGUGAUCCCAAGACCCAGGAUGGGCAGGAUAGCCAGAGUCGGUACAGCAAGCGCAGGAUUCGGAGGUCCGUCAAGCUGAAAGAUUACAAACUUGUCGGGGACGAAGACGAGCAGAGUGCAGCCAAAAGGAUCUGUGGAAGGAGAAAGCGCCCGGGUGGCCCGGAGGCCUGUUGUAAGGACUGUGGCAAAGUGUUUAAGUACAGUCACUUCUUGGCAAUCCACCAAAGGAGCCACACGGGGGAGCGACCUUUCAAAUGUAAUGAGUGCGGGAAAGGCUUUGCCCAGAAGCACUCCCUGCAGGUCCACACCCGGAUGCACACAGGCGAGCGGCCCUACACUUGCACCGUGUGCAGCAAGGCUCUCACCACCAAGCACUCGCUGCUGGAGCACAUGAGCCUGCAUUCAGGACAGAAGUCUUUCACCUGUGAUCAGUGUGGAAAAUAUUUCAGUCAGAAAAGACAACUAAAGAGCCAUUACCGAGUUCAUACAGGCCACACCUUACCGGAAUGCAGCCACUGCCACCGCAAAUUCAUGGAUGUGUCUCAGCUAAAGAAACAUCUACGAACACACACAGGUGAGAAGCCAUUUACUUGUGAAAUCUGUGGCAAAUCUUUCACAGCAAAGAGUUCUCUUCAGACCCACAUCAGAAUCCAUAGAGGAGAGAAGCCCUACUCCUGUGGCAUAUGCGGUAAAUCCUUCUCAGACUCCAGCGCCAAGAGGAGACACUGCAUCCUGCACACGGGCAAAAAGCCUUUCUCCUGCCCUGAGUGUAACUUACAGUUCGCUCGCUUGGACAACUUGAAGGUGCACUUGAGAAUCCACAGCAAAGAGAAACCUGCGGCAGACGCUAGUGGCGUUCCCGGCAGUAGUAAUACUGAGGAGGUCAGGAAUAUUCUCCAGCUGCAGCCCUACCAACUCUCUACAUCCGGAGAGCAGGAAAUUCAGCUUCUUGUCACCAACUCCGUACAUAACAUCAACUUCAUGCCCGGCCCUAGCCAAGGACUCAGCAUCGUCACGGCGGAGAGUGCCCAGCACGCGAGCGCAGACCAGGCCGCCAACCUCACGCUGCUCACGCAGCCGCCGGAACUGCAGAACUUCAUCCUCUCGGCCCCGCAGGCGCAGGCAGAGCACAUUCAGGGCCUUGGCGUGAUGGAGAGCCAGAUGGAGCCCCCGCAGGCCGAGCCCGUGCACGUGAUCACCCUCUCCAAGGAAACCCUGGAACAUCUGCACGCCCAGCAGGAGCAAACAGGGGAGCUCCACUUAGCAAGUGCUGCGGAUCCGGGUCCACACCUGCCGCUGACCGCGGAGCCCGGCCCGCCCGCCCCCCACGCGCCCCCGCCCGCCCCGCCGAGCCAGGAGCAGAGCUGACCUGUACCCGUGUUUGAUCCUGUUGGAUCAUUGAUCUCUUCCCCAGCGGCAUCUGCAGCUGUGCGCUCAAAGGCAGCCUUUCUGAAC